CUCUUCAUUUACGAAACAUAAUUUAUGCUGCAGGAGCCAUGGUUGCUUCAUGAAUUUAAUGAGGAUUUUUAUGGAGAGGAAUUGCGUCUUGUCAUAGUUGGCUAUAUACGACCAGAAGUUAAUUUCCAAUCCCUUGAAAGCCUGAUAGCGAAGAUUCACGACGACAGAAGAAUUGCAGAGAGAGCCCUUGAUCUGCCAUUGUACUCAAAGCACAAGGAUGAUCCCUAUCUAAAUAGUUCUUUGCACAGUGAAAGCAACCAUGCAUGAUCUUUCUGAUUUUCAGGUUUCAUUCGGACAGAGACUAAUUUGUGAAAUUAGUAUUGCCUUCU